UCAGUUAUUCUUCACCAUACACUAUUUUCAGGAGUUCACACUUGAAGCCGUCCCAAAAAAUCAAUACGGGCUAUUCUACAGUGAUGACACCUACAUUGUGCUGAAUUCAACGGACAGUGGAUGGGAUGUUCAUUUUUGGAUUGGUAAAACUGCUUCACAGGAUGAAAGGGGAACGGCCGCCAUUAAAACAGUGGAAAUCGAUCAAGCCCUCAAUGGCCUUCCAGUUCAACACAGAGAAGUGCAAAACCACGAAUCACCACUGUUUAUAUCAUAUUUUCCGAAUGGCAUCAGGUAUUUGGCCGGUGGCUACAAAACUGGAUUCCAUCAUGUGGAAGAGGAAAAUUUCGAGGAUUGGCAGCCACGCCUAUUUCAUUGCAAAGGAAAAAGGAACGUUCGUUGUUACCAGGUAAAUCAUCAUAUAGCAGAUAUCUCGUUGUUUUUCUUUCAACGUGUUACGAAUCUCUAA